AUGGAUGCCGAUCCAGGGUGCGGUUUCAAGGGGGGUAGGUUGGGCGCGGUAGCAGGGAUCAAUCAAAAUCGGCACGCAACCGAUAGGUCCGCUGAAGCUGCCCCUUCAGCAUCGUCCACUUCUCCGCCUAUCAGGGUGGAUCUAUCUUCUGGCCUGAUCCCAGUGCUAUCCACGCAAACAGCAGAUUUCGAAUUCUGCGAUACUACCGGCAUUGAUCUCCUAUCCUCAGAUGACGUGAGCGCCCUAGACGGCUCUACUAGCUUGAGACAAAUGACCCCAAGGGGAUGCAACCUCCUUCCUCAAAAGACCGAGGACACCACCGGUCAGGGUAACGCUUGUGUGGAGCAGUUGUGUGAGAUUAUGGUAAACAUUCUAUAUCAGACACCAAAUAGCUUUGAUUUUGGUAAACUCAAGAAGCAUUUUUAUGAUAAAGUAAAGGAAUUGGUGGACAAACAUCAAAUCGAAGCGAAGCGAAGCGGGGAUAAGAUGUCGAGUUUGCGCAUGAAAAUGCUAGAGGAUCGUCUCCGUUUGCGGAGCAUCGAGAAAGGAUUGCAUGAAAACUACAGCUCCGAUGUUAAAGGCAAGGCAAAUGAGCUCUUAGAUCGUCGUUCUAAGGAGGUAUACAACGAGAACCUCGAGUUGGUCCGAGAGAAGGUGCUUCUCGCAAAUGAUGUCAAGCUCGCACGUGACAGAGAGCAUGCCCUAGGCGAAGAGAACACAGCUUUGCGUCGUGCUGUGGAUGUUAACACGUCAAUUGAAUCGGAUUUGAAGGAAAAGUGUGUCCAGUACAAGAAGGAAAUUGUCAAACUCAAGGAACAGAUUAAGUCUGUCGAGGAUUCUAUGGAAAAGGUCUCUGGGGAUUAUGAGGCGCGCCUAGUCCGGCAGAACGCUCAGCAUGCGAAGCAAAUCAAAGCGCUAACGAAGGAAAGAGAUAGUGCUAGGUGUGACGCGCUGCAGCUAAAUGCGGAGCUCAUUAAGUUACGCAAAGCUUCUGCACAGGUGUUAUCUCAGCGAGGGGAGCUGGAGAACUUCUUUUACGAGGCUCUUAAUGAGGUCAAGGCGCAAGUCGUCUACGAGCGGCAGCAGCAGCUCCUGACCACCCACACCAAAAGCAUAUCCGAACGCGGUACUGCUCCCCAGGGAUCGAUCAACCCCUCUAGACACACCCACUCCUCCGCACUGCGGAUCGAGAAUCAGCGCUUUUUACAACUCAUGGGCUGCUCCAGAACCCAUCCGACCUCAAGCCCCCCUUCCCAUCCCACCAGGGAGUACGGCGAUGGGGUUUGUGGCCGCACCGAUGACCCGUCCGCGGUGCCGGCCGCCCAGGGGAAGUCUCGUCUUAGAAGCCCUGCGGAGAGUAGCACCGGCGUGAAGGCUCUUCCCCCAAUUCCGCAUGGCGCCACAUCGGGUUCUUCGCAGGAUCCGUUAUCCCAGCUGUGCUUGUUAGAGAAGGUAGAAGCCGCAUGGGUCCACCCCCCCCCCGGGCCACAAGGGGGGGGGGGAUCUUCCUGCCAGGAGCGUAGCGAGUUCGCUAAGGCUGACGCGUUGCCGAGCGGCUCGGGUGGCGCCACAUGGAAGAUGAUCCAUCAGGUGGACGUAUCGAAGCUGAGCUGGCCGGACAAGGAGCGAGUGCUUCUGCUUCUCUUUGAGCGUAUUCGGGCCCAGCGGCAGCGGUUAGCUCGAAAGGCUCUCCUCCAAUCCAAUCAAAAGAUGAAUAGUGAUGCAGCAAAGGAUGAAACGAUGGAUCAUCCGACGUCGCGAGACGAAAACAUGCCAAAAUCAACCCUUUUUAUUACAGAAACAUGA